AUGACGGAUUCAGUUGUCGCAGAGGGACAAGUCAAGUUUAGAGAUGGAAAAAAGUGGAAGAAUCGGUCAGUUGUUCUCCAGAAGCCCUCUCCUGUUGCGGACUGCUUGAUUUUGCAUGUGUAUAAAGGGAAGAAGAAAGGGAAAAGCACUGGACACAAGGGGAGUCUAAACGUAACACUGGAGGGGAUUUGUGGUGUGGAGCCAGGACCUGGCUAUGAUGGCGUAUCCUUCACUCUCUCCAUCAUGUGCCUGGCACGCACCCUGGUCCUGGGCUUCAGCAGCCCAGACGUCCUGCUCACCUGGGACGCUCAUAUUCGUUACAGUCUGGGUGAAGUCCACAGGUUCAGUGUCACUGUUGAACCAGGCACCAAAUUGGAAAGUGGGCCUGCCUCCCUUCACCUAUGCAACGACAUGUUGGUCCUCAGCAGAGGCCAUCCACCUGCUAUAAUUGGCCACUGGAAGCUGUCGACGUUGCGUCGAUAUGGUGCUGUACCAAAUGGCUUUGUGUUUGAGGGGGGAACUCGCUGUGGAAACUGGGCUGGUGUUUUCUUCCUUUCCUGUUCAGAAGGGGAGCAGAUCAGCUUCUUAUUUGACUGUAUUGUCAGAGGCGUCAGCUCCAGCAGGCGCCUACAUGGCCUACAACCAAACCAGCCAGAUCAAAAGGCUGACCCUGCCUCAGCAGAGAAACGAAUCAACCAGGAGACCUCUGAGCUGGAGAAAAGACUGAGCAUGUUAUCUCAGUGUAGCCUGGCAAGCAGCACGGUGUCUUCAGCCUCCACUUCCAGCUGCAGCACAUGUGUUGCUGGGGAUGACAACACCAUGUCAAGCUCGUCCUCUAGUCAAUCAGAUACAAGCUAUGGAAGCAGACUUCCAUUCUGGCUAGAGCUGUCAGGCAGACGGCACAUCUCCGAUGACACAGCAUCAAGUUCUUGCACGUUGAAGGCUUUGACCAAGUCAGAUGACAUGCUAUAUGAUGCUUUGAUGGGAGGCCCUGGGAGCUCUUCAACAUCCAUCCAGCUCCAUCCCUGCGGCCUCCAUGACAGCGGGUGGCAGAGCUCAUUAGACAGUGGGAUUGGGAUCACAACAGGGAGUCAAUCAUUGUAUUCUGGGAGCUACUCCUCAUAUACUGGGAGUCUGGACAUGGCCAAUGAAAGAAGUGGAGAGGAAUUAGGCUCUUCAAUCAGUCCUUCUACACCUGCUCAUCCUCUCUCUUCACCUGUAUGUGCUCCUCCUCAAACACCUCCAACGUCACCUUUUCAGCCAAUAUGUACCUCUGGGCCAAGUUCUACUGUCAUCUCUUCUUGCUCCUGCUCACCAAGAUGUGUCUCUCAAGCAUCUCAUAGACACAGAGAAGAGUACCAGAACCCCAGCCAGCUCAAAAUGUGGUAUGAUACCCCCAGGACUCUGCUCCAAUCUCUGUCACUGAGGGAACCAUCGGCACAUGAAGCCUCACCUGGCAUGGACUGCAAGAGCACUGAAAGUCAAGGUGUUAGUCAGCAACAAAUGUUAAACAAAAGGCAGUGCGAGCUGAAGACUCACCAUCAGGCAAUGAUGCAGGGUUCCUUCUUCUGGGGCAGUGAGAGGCCACCCUUUGUGUACAGUGAGGGGAUACCCAUCUCGUCAACCGUUACAUUUCCUACAAACCUGGUUUGUGGAGAACUACAGGUUGGCAGCACUUCCUCACAAGACCCUUUUCCUAAUCAUGCUGUGGAUACACAUGACCCAUCUGACUGUGUGAGAGAGAACUUUCCUGACAGUGGGGAUGUUGGUGGGAACCUAAAAGGUCUGAGGAGGGUGUUGUCUUCUCCACCACGCUCUGCCCCUCCCCCUCCUCCUGUCACAUUUAGUGUGAACAGGCCAACACCAGCUUAUGAAGAGGGCUUCCCCAGGUACCCGUACCUCAACAUUGGAACCAUGGAAACAGCUCAGAGACAGGGCGUGAAGUUUGUCCAGGAAAGGAAGGACAGGGGGACUGGGCUGGAGAGCAGGUGGCGAGGCCCACCAAACUGACUCUGCAACACUGGACUAAAUAAUCUAACAUGCCCACAUGCAGUUUGGUGUACCAACAGUUGUGCCAGUAUGUACCAAUUCACAUAAACAAGCCAUUCCAGUAUAAACAUAUAUUUUUUUUUUAAUGUGCCUUUUUGCUGCUGCCAUCUUACAGGUAUGGACACAUUUGUUGGUACUCUUCCAUUUAAGAAAUAGUAAUAAUUAAAAAAAAAAAAACACCCCACAAUGGUCGAUGAAAAAUAUUGAAACUGACAAAAGCAAUAAUAAAUAAUAUUUUACCUGUGUGGGGCGGGCACAACUAAUGAAACUGGCCUGGUUAAAAUGAUGCAAAAGAAAUUAUGCCAAAUUCCCCACUUUUUUUUCUCUUUCCCUUUCUCUCGGCCAAUCCGUACUAUUCUCCCCGCUAUGUGUCAUGUCAUGCUUUUGGGUUUAGGCUCUUGUUUUGUUUUUUUUUGUAAGUCUUGAUCAACAGUGAUGUUUGAUUAAUAAACAAUGUUU